AUGUCUCUCAUGGCACAGAUGACUAAGGAAGAGUUCUUUGCCCAGAUGAAUUCAACCAUCAACCAGCGCUUGGAUGCGAAGCUCAGCCCGAUCCAGGACCAGGUCGGACGGUUGGAGGACACGGUGGCGCAGCAUUCGAAGCAGUUCCGGGAAUUGCAAGCUAAGGUCGAUAAGCAGCAGACGCAAGCGCCAGGACAAUCGUCUACUCCUGGCACCUCAUCUGGUGGCGGAGCGUCUGGGCAGUUCCACGCCGAGCACGUCCUUUUGAAGAAUUUUGCGAGCUGGGAGACCCGGAAGCAGACUGGCAUCGACAGGGCCGCAGUCGAGCAGCUCUUGACGCACUUGAACACGGUAGUGCCGUCGAGCACGCAGAGCCACAUGGACAUCGGGAAGAUGAAAUUGGCGCAGUACACCUACAACGGACGCAAUGUUUGGGUCCAGGCGCAGCGAAUUCCAUGGAUCCAGAAGCGGUAUUCGUCCUUCGGUCGUGUCCGGGCUUUCCUCCAAAACGUCAUCGAGCAGAUCGACGGGGUCGAACCCAUGCGCAUUGGCUGCACGUGGCAGCCUGACUUCCUUAUUACGGCGACCGAGGACGAUCAGGACCAGAAGGGCGACCCGUGGGAGGCCGGCUUCAUCGACGAGCACGGCGGGCGCCAUUUCAACGACCAGUGGACCAAGGAGAAACGGGGAUACGAGGCGGACACUUUGAAGUCGAAGCUUCGG